CGUCAUCGCAAUCGACAUGCAGUUGACACGUAGCCUGAUUGCCAAAUACCACUUGGUGAUAGGCCUGCUCCAUCGUCACUGUGAAUUCGUGGUCUCUCACAAUCGAUUCACUUUCUGCUGACGGCUGUGCUGAUGUCAACAGAUGCACCGGAACAUCCGAAGAUUGCUUUCUGCUGACAAAGGUCAGCCGAAGGUCAACGUGCCCAGGUUUGUGCUGCAUGGACCCAUCGAUCACGACCCUCGCCAUCGCCUGCACUUCCCGCCACAAGCAGCCUGAGGACCAGCGUCAUUGCUCGAAGGACAGUGAGUCAUCCAGCGAUUUGACGGUGAGAACUCACCCCCGCCGCCCAGUGACCGGGCGAUGGUAAGACAGACAGAAAAUGCGUAGGAGGUACGCCUUGUAAUGAGAAGAAUUCAGGCCGACAAAAAUUCGUGGAUGGGUGUCAAGAUUCUGCGUCAAUUUUUUGCGUUCCACGAGGUGGAUGCGAUUCGGCGAGACCUCAUUCCUGGAACUCAUUCCGAAGAAGAUGGAGGGUAUAAACAGCAGACCUGGGUGGGAAAUGAGCAUCUCACCGCCGUCUGCGGGAGAAAUUUCCGCUGGGCUCAGAGAGCUGCGGCUGAUCCAGGGCUCUCAUCGGCUGUUCACCAGGUCAGCUGAGCUAGAGUGAGAUCAGCCCAGGCAGAUCAUUGUAGCUCAGGACCGCAAGAGUCCGGGGACACGUGGAGAAUUGUACACAUUCACAUCGUUUCCUCGUCAGGUCCUGCGGUCUAACGAAGAGUGUGUAUCGGGGACGAGAGCAUUGAAGGAGGAGGAUAAUCGUAUUGGAACAAAUUCCAAACGCGAGGGUGACGAUUUCCAAUCUGGGAUUCGGGAAGACAGUCGUGAGCAGCUCACACAGUCUCGGCGUAAUUGUUCGCGUAAUUAUUACGCGAAUCAAGAAGUGAUAACGCAGCGAGGGAGCUAGCAAUCAGAGCGGAAAAUUCUCUAAAGCAGUUGGACGAACAGGUUGGAGCCAUCGAGCACACCAAGUGAGCUCGCAGCCUGUUUCAAUGUGGUUGGUGGAUCAGUUAAAUUUUUGGACCGAUGAUGGGCUUGGAACGUGGGGAAAAUACUGCCAAUCAAGUAUAGGGGAUUGUGAAGACCUAAGCUGCCUUGAGAAUCAGCGGUACUCCCAAGAUCAUCAGCCUAAAUUGUUUGGCUCUUGUGGAAUCCAUUCCUUCACUUCGGUCGUUCAUCUGCUCUUCCUGGUCGCAUGGCUGGUAGGGUUGUUGUGGAGGGUAAGAGGAUGGUACUCUUGCUCCGGUGAGAAGCAGGAGAGGCGGCUGAAACAGCGCAAUAAUGAGGAUUUCACUUGCCCUCGCUCGCCAGUGCUUUUGUGGAGUAUCGUAGGCUGCUUUCUCCUCUCACUUCAAAAUAUUGUCCUCGCAGUCUACGGUAUCGUACAAGCUCAGCGUGGGAAAUACUGGCCAGUCCAUGCGGAAGUCACUGAAUUCAUUCAGGUUCUAGUUUGGGCACUCUUGGGUGCAAUCACAUACUCCUCAUGGAAUCAGAAGGAGAAGUAUUCACCAAUGGUGAGGGCCUGGUGGAUUGUUGGAUUUGUACUGUCUCUCGCCACUCUGCUUCCCAACUUUGUAGUGGCAGAACCAUGGGACAUAUGGAUGGCUGUUAUCGAGACUUCUAUGAUCCCAAUUGGUGCACUCUUGUUUGUUGUAGCUGGAAGGGGGUUGUCUGAGACCGUCAAAGUAACUGACUCUCUCAAAGAAAGUCUCCUCGAUGAAGAGGAGAAAGAAGAACUUCCAGCCGAAGGGCCUGGAGUCACUCCUUAUGCAACCGCAGGCAUCUUCAGCCUUGCGUCUGUAUCGUGGAUAAGUCCUUUGAUGGCCAAAGGGGCGAAGAAGCCUUUGCAACUAAGUGAUGUCCCGUUGCCUGCUCCGGGCGACCAAGCAAGUUUCCAUUAUGCCAGAUUUAAGGAGAAUUGGGAUAUGGAGAUGAAGACUCGGGAUCAGAAGUCUCCAUCCUUCUACAAGGCGAUUGCCAGAACCUUCUGGAGAAAGGCUCUAUGGAAUGCGAUUAUUGCAGGUGCAAAUUCUGUUGCAUCGUAUGUCGGUCCAUUUUUGAUAGAAGACUUCGUGGAGUAUCUGGCGGGCAGAAGGCGGUUCCCUCAGGAAGGAGCGAUCUUGGUUUCUUUGUUUUUCCUGUCCAAAGUUGUGGAGAUUCUGGCGCAGCGGCAGUGGUUUUUGGGAAUGCAAUUUCUUGGACUGAAUUUCAAGUCUGCCAUGACAGCCUUCGUCUACCAUAAGGGCCUGGUUCUCUCUAACCAGGCUCGUCAAGGCCACACGAGUGGAGAAAUCAUCAACUAUGUCACAGUUGAUGUGGAAAGAAUUGGAGAUUUCGCUUGGUUCUUUCAAGACAUAUGGAUUCUACCGUUGCAAAUUCUUCUGGCACUUUUAGUUCUGUACAAGGUUGUUGGUAUUGCAGCUAUUGCAGCUUUGGCAGCUUCAAUUUUGACCGUUGCACUCAAUAUGCCUCUCACUACCUGGCAGGACCAUUUUCAGGACAAAUUAAUGGAAGCAAAAGAUAGAAGAAUGAAGUCACUGACGGAAAGUUUGCGCAGUAUGAGAAUCUUAAAGCUCCAGGGUUGGGAAAAUCGGUAUCUAUCAAAGUUGGAACGUCUUAGGGACGUGGAGUAUGGCUGGUUGAAGGGAACCGUCUACGUCAAUGCCGGAAUCACUUUCCUGUUCUGGACUGCACCUAUAAUUGUGUCUGUCGCUACAUUCGGAACCUGUGCUUUGACCGGCAUGGCGCUCACAUCUGGGAAGAUUCUUACUGCACUAGCUGUAUUCAUUACAAUGUCAGAUCCUCUGGUUCAAAUUCCCGAACUUUUCUCCAUGAUAUCUCAAACGAGAGUCUCAGUAGAUCGACUUCAAACCUAUCUUCUGCAGGAAGAACUCCAGAAGGAUGCAGUAAAACGUGUAGACCCUAGUGUUGAAGGAAAUAUUGCAAUUGAUGUCAAAGGCGCAGAUUUCAGUUGGGACCCAUUGUCGAGAAAUCCUACACUGCAAGACAUCGAUUUCCAGGCGAAGAAAGGGCAGAGAGUGGCAGUUUGUGGCACAGUUGGCUCCGGAAAGUCGAGUAUUCUUUCUUGCCUUCUUGGAGAAAUUCCUAAAGUUACAGGCUCGGUCACUAUUGCUGGAACAACAGCAUAUGUAGCUCAGUCUUCGUGGAUUCAAAGUGGAACGAUUGAAGAGAAUAUACUUUUCGGAAGCCCGAUGAACAGGAUGCGGUACGAGGAGACCGUGAGAAUUUGCUCGCUUGAGAAAGAUAUAGAGCUUUUUGCCUACGGAGAUCAGACGGAGAUUGGGGAAAGAGGGAUAAAUAUGAGUGGCGGCCAAAAGCAACGCAUACAGCUUGCCCGUGCUGUGUACCUGAAUGCAGACAUAUAUCUGCUUGAUGAUCCUUUCAGUGCCGUCGACGCUCACACUGGCAGUGAUUUGUUCAAGAACUGUAUACUUGGGGCUCUCUCUGGUAAGACUGUGAUUUAUGUGACACAUCAAGUGGAGUUUCUCUCUGCUGCAGAUCUUAUUUUGGUCAUACGAGAUGGAAAGAUAGUUCAAGCUGGAAGCUAUAACGAGCUCUUGCAAGGAGGAGCUGAUCUUAAUGCAUUGGUCAAUGCACAUAACGAAGCUAUAGAGUUUAUGACUGCAAGUGUUUAUAAAAAAGAGGAAGAGGUGGCUAUUGUAGAGGCAUUGUCUAGUGAAGUUGUGGCUACAGGUGAUUCUAGCCGUGUUCCGGUUACACGCAUUGAUAGUAUGAAAGAGAUCAUGCCUGAAUUAGAGAAAAAGCAGCUGGUUGAGGAUGAGGAAACACAAACAGGAAGGGUUAGCCUUUCCGUCUAUUGGAACUAUUUCACUUCUGUCUACAAGGGAGCCUUCAUUCCUGUCAUUUUGCUGGCUCAAAUUUGUUUCCAAGUACUCCAAAUAGCUAGCAACUAUUGGAUGGCGUGGUCUACUCCUGCGGCUGUUGAUGAGGCUCCCAAAGUUGACAAUGAGACAUUGAUCCUUGUCUAUUGCGCUUUCGCCUUUGGCAGUUGUUUGUUUGUCAGUAUCAGGGCUCUUUUAGCCUCAACUUUUGGUCUUCUGGCAGCUAACAAAUCUUUCAAAGACAUGAUACGGUCCGUCUACCAUGCUCCUAUGUCCUUCUUCGAUUCUACCCCAAACGGACGCAUCCUAAGUAGGGCAUCUUCUGACCAAAACGCAUUGGACUCUCAGCUUAUGUUCACCCUCACCGGUGUCAUGAUUUCAGCUAUACAGAUAAUCGGUAUCGUAGCUGUUAUGUCGCAAGUGACCUUCUUGGUGCUUGCAGUGCUGGUACCUGUGAGUGUAGCGUGUCUGUGGUUGCAACAAUACUACGUAAAUUCGUCGAGAGAACUUCAGAGAAUGGUAGGAGUUUUGAAGGCUCCAAUCAUCCAUCAUUACGCUGAGUCCAUCGCCGGCACUGCCACUAUAAGAGGAUUCCAGCAAGAGCAGCGGUUUCUGGAAAGAAAUUUCUUUCUAUAUGACCAAUAUGCCCGUGCUUUUUUUCACAACUUCUCGGCCAUUCAGUGGCUGAUGUUUCGCAUGGAGUCGCUUUCAACAGUAGUUUUCACGUUCUGUCUCAUCUACAUUGUCGUUUUUCCUAUCGCAUUGGAUCCAGGAAUGGCAGGUCUUGCAGUCACUUACGGCUUGCAGCUAAAUGGGAUAAUAUCUUGGUGGAUUUGGAACUUUUGCCGCCUGGAAAAUCGAAUAAUUUCAGUAGAAAGGAUAAAACAGUUCACCGAUCUUGAGAGAGAGGCACCAUAUGUAAUCGAAGAUUCUCGACCUCCGACGAACUGGCCAUCGGAGGGUGUCAUUGAUCUUCGUAAUCUGCAGGUGCGAUACAACGAUCACAGUCCCUUGGUACUGCAUGGUCUUACAUGCCGUAUUGAAGGUGGACAAAAGAUUGGAGUUGUGGGACGGACAGGAAGUGGAAAGUCAACAUUGAUUCAAGCACUGUUUCGGUUAGUCGAGCCAGCUGGAGGAAAGAUUAUAAUUGAUGGAAUUGACAUCACGAGCAUAGGUCUACAUGAUCUACGUUCCAAAUUGAGUGUCAUACCGCAGGAUCCGACACUGUUUGAAGGCACCAUGCGCGUCAACCUUGAUCCUCUUGAACAAUAUUCUGAUGCUGAGAUUUGGGAGGCUCUAGACAAAUGCCAACUCGGAGACAUUGUUCGAGCAAAGGAUACGAAGCUCGACUUUCCAGUUAGUGAGAACGGUGAGAAUUGGAGUGUUGGGCAGAGGCAACUUCUUUGCCUGGGCCGGGCUCUGCUCAAGCGCAGUCAGAUAUUGGUUCUGGAUGAAGCAACUGCCUCCGUCGAUAGCAGAACCGACGGUCUUAUUCAACGCACCAUACGAGCUGAGUUCGGGAAGUGCACAGUAAUUACUGUGGCCCACCGGAUUCCGUCAGUGGCUGAUAGUGACCGUGUUCUGGUUUUGAGUGAUGGUAAAGUUGCAGAGUAUGAUGCCCCGUCACAACUUCUCCAGAACAAGUCAUCUUUCUUCUACAAACUUGUGUCAGAAUAUUCCGCUAGAUCAAACAGCGUGGCUGAUCUCUCGAAAUAAAAGGCUUGCUCACCUUUACGAAGAAACAUAUGGAAGUAUAAGAACAACUGCGUUCUAUGCCGGAGUGAAUUUAAUCUGCGCUUCGACUCGUCAUCAAUAACAAGAUCUGAGUCCAACAUGGAACUUUGUCAACUCCGAAUCACGAGAUAAUGCUUUGCACGACUUCAGUACGAGUGGGAUCGACAACCCCUUCUAUGUACAGGCGUCCAAGAAGGCCUUGUUCUGCUAUCUCAGGACUAUUCUUACAUGCUAAAUGGAGGAGAUAUAGGCGUACAUUAAGCAUGGAAUCUGUAGGUAGCUCAGAGGUUAGUUGUUGACUCUGGAUGAGUAAUUACAGUUUUGUUGCAGUGAUUGUAUCCGCUGCCAUGUGUUACAGGCAUGUAUGACUUCCAAGGAACAAGUCGAACGGAAAUAAUUCAGAUGGGGAUGAUAUCGUCGUUUUCUUGUCUGUCCCAUGGAUUGAGACUUGUGGUAAUCCUGGUGGGAUGCUUUGGUGGCCUGUGUCGGC